AUGGCCGACCGCGAACCCUCGCCGACUCUGUUGUCCUCGUCUGCACAGCGCAGACCACACAUGUCCAUAACGCUUCCUCGGAACUUCGCGCCCUUGGGCCUUGAUGGCGGCGACGACCCUAAAACUCCAGAUCAGACAUUUGCGGAGCUGAAAUUACCUCCACCGCCCCAUCAUUCCACCUGUCGUUUGCGCCGGUCGCGAAUUCGAAUGGACAACUUCCAGGCGCGUAACAACGCUCUUCCCGCAACGCUGUUUGCUUCCGACAUCCCAAUACCCUCCAGUGCCCACUCGGUACAAAAGGAACCUGAAUUUGCCGAUGUCGACUUUGCUCUACCGUCGAUCGAAAUGCACAGUCACUCUGGCAGACCCAUCUACAACCACAGCGUCACAGACCCCUCCCCCAGCGAGAGAUUGAAGUUGUCCGCGUUUAGAGAUUCACACCUUCCCCGAACCCCAGUUGCCCAGACCAAGAUUGUUCUGCCAGAUUACAAGAACGGUGCUUGGGACAUGCAUAGGUCUGCCUCAGAAUGCUCGCUCCGAUCGGAUUCAUCCUUCACAUCGUCUGAGGAUACAUUUACGACACGACCUACCUCGUUCGACGGCAGCGCGACCAGCCCUGAGAACGAGUCACAAGAUCCCUUCUCGCCGACAAAGGUCAACAUCAUCCCGGACACGCCAUCGAGGAAGAACAAGAAGCUCAAGGUCAACACCAUGCUGUCCAAAGCGAAUGUUCAAUGGAGUAUUGAAAUGGAUAACCAUCUCUUCAAUGUCUACCAAAUGUAUCUGGCAGAUCCCACAGUGACUCCAUUCAAGACGGUCCCCGGCAGCAUCCCUCCGACGGGCGUUUGUCAUCGUGUGGCACGGAGAGCCAAAGAGACAUGGCCCAGAGCUUCCAGGGUCAAUAAACCUCUGAUUCGACGAUACAAGAUGCGCAAUGUCAUUGAGACUCGAAUCACUGCCAGGGACAAGACGCCAGAACCCAAUGACUUUCUCCGGACCGACCACAAUGACGCAAGGGGUGCUUGGCCGUCAGAGUCAGCCACGAGGAGGCGGCUGAAACAAUUGUGCAAGGAGAAGUUCACCAUCACCGCCCACUAUCAGCGCCUGCGCGAAUCCAGGAGCCCGUCCCCAUUCCAUGAACAGUUUCUGCGUCGGCCGUCUUCUCGAUUGUCUCGGUCGGUUUCAAACCAGGACCCGCAAGCAUCAACCACCUAUGCCACACGAGAACUAGGUAUCUCGCUUGUUGCUAGCGGUGCAACUGCUCCUCUCGCACAGCUGGUGACUGGAGAAUCGCCUCCAUCGCAGCAGAUGUCGGACGACUGGUUCAAUACACCCGUCAACCAUUCCUCCGACACCAUGUCCCUCUCCACCCCUGCUGGUCUAGGUAUCCAGUCUGAGCCUGACAAGUUGCAAGUUGCUACCAAUAUCCCACGCCUGGCUUCGCCGUUCAAUUACAGUACUUGGAAUGGAUCGGGCAACUCCAACACCCAGCACCGGCGCCACAUCAGCCACCACCACUUUGAUACUGUUCACGCUACCGGGACACGACUGCUCUCGCCGUUCAAGCUAGAGCCAGAAAGCUCCCUCAAUGUCAACAAACGACGGGCUCAGCAUAACCUGGAGGACGAACUAAGCCCUAGUGGGAGCAACAUUGAAAAGCUUAAUGUCAAUCUUAACCGACUGCCUGCACCGACAGCGUUUGAGCCAGAGCCGCAAGUACGACCGGAGCUGAUUUUCACCGGAGCAGGGGACCUCAAUCAGCGGCGAAUUCGUGUCCGGAAUCGCGGCGCGACAUUGGGAGCUGUGAACAACCGAGAGCACGUCGAACGCAUCUUUACUCCACCUACCACCCAAAUCCCAGGUGCUGAUGGCAUUCCGCCAGUCCCACCGUUGCCAGCCUCCUUGAUUGCUUUGGCAAACCCGAAUGCGCGGCUGGGUUCCGGUGGGCUUGCCCCGCCCGAGCCUGAUUCGGCUCAGAAGCGACUAGGAAGCCCGUUCGAACUGGAUCCUAACAAGCGAAGCUACCGCUCCAAAAACCCUCGACACGUGCCGAGUUUGAGUGAUCCUUUCAUUAGCACAAGCGCGUUUGCGACGACACCGAAUCAUGGACACAACGGAAUGAGCAUAGGAGAACGACUGGCAAUGUUUAACACUUUUCAUCCACCUCCCUUUCCGCGACAAAUGGCCAAUCCACAACCAAGGGAUGAUCCAUUUGCUUGA